UCUACUGUAACUAGUAAGUGGUGACCAUCACCAAAGCUCAAAGAUAUUAGCAACUUUUUUUUUGGGAAGCAGAAUAGGAAAGCAGAAAUUGAGGGAAAACCCUAGUUCAUAUUUUCGUAGAAGGAUUCCGGGGAGAAAAUGGCGAAGAAAUCUCCGAACAAGAAAUCAUCUAAGAAGCCGUCUUUGAGAAAUCUUCAGAAGCCAUCAAAGAAACCCUUCAAAUCAAAACCACCUAGAGACGGCGGCAAAGGCACCAAAACCGAAUUGGGCGACCCCGUUUUGUCUCAUCAACAAAAGCAAGCUUCACUUGCCCUGCAACUCGAAGAUGACGUCCCCGACUUCCCCAGAGGUGGAGGUAGUUCACUGAGUAAACAGGAGCUGGAGGACGUGAGAGCAGAGGUAGAUGCAGAGUUUGAGGCAGAGGAGAGAGUUUCGAAGAAGAAGAACAAAAGGGCAAAGCGGUUCGAAUGGAGAAGCCAAUCGGCAGAAGAUGAUAUGGGCUCCCUUUUUGGUGAUGCAUUCACCGGAAAGUUGCCUAGGUUUGCAAAUAAGAUCACUUUGAAGAAUAUUUCUCCUGGCAUGAAGCUUUGGGGCGUAAUUUCAGAGGUAAAUCAGAAAGAUGUUGUGGUUAGUCUUCCAGGGGGUUUGCGUGGGUUAGUUCGUGCGAGUGAAGCAUUUGAUCCUCUUCCAAAUGAUGGAGUAAAAGGGGAUAUGGAAAGUAAUUUUCUUUCAAGCAUAUAUCAUGUUGGGCAGCUUGUCUCGUGCAUUGUGCAACAAGUGGAUGAUGAGAAGAAAGAAACUGGGAAAAGAAGAAUUUGGCUUUCCCUUCGUCUUUCUUUACUGCACAAAGGCUUGACAAUGGAUAUUAUUCAAGAAGGAAUGGUUCUUAGUGCAUACAUAAAAAGCAUUGAAGACCAUGGUUAUACACUUAAUUUUGGAUUUGGUUCCUUUACUGGAUUCAUGCCCGAAAGCCACCAAUCUGAAAGAAAGGACACAGAAGUGAAAGUUGGGCAGCUUAUUCAAGGGGUCGUUAAAAGCAUUGACAAAACUCGAAAAUUGCUUUACAUGAGCUCUGAUUCUGAUAUGGUGUCAAAAUGUGUGACCAAGGACCUUAAAGGUAUUUCAAUUGAUCUUCUCGUUCCAGGCAUGAUGGUUGAUGCUCGUGUUCGGUCAUCCCUUGAAAAUGGCAUCAUGUUAUCAUUCCUCACAUACUUCACGGGAACUGUAGAUAUGUUUAACUUAAGUGAGACUUUUCCCUCUGCUAACUGGAAAGAUCAUUACACCCAAGGCAAGAAGGUCAACGCUCGGAUAUUAUUUAUAGAUCCUACAACUAGAGCUGUUGGUUUGACUCUGAAUCCUCACCUAGUUCAUAAUAGAGCUCCACCUACACUGGUCCAAACUGGUGAUAUCUUUGAUCAAUCGAAAAUAAUCAGGAUUGACAGGGGUUUGGGCCUUUUGCUCGAAAUCCCCUCUUCUCCAGUAGCAACCCCUGCGUAUGUUAGUGUGUCUGAUGUUGCUGACAAGGAAAUCAAGAAGCUAGAGAAAAAUUUCAAAGAGGGAAGUCUUGUGCGAGUUAGAGUGCUUGGACUUAGGCACUUGGAAGGGCUUGCUACUGGGAUUCUGAAGGCUAGUGCUUUUGAAGGGACAGUCUUUACUCAUUCAGAUGUCAAGCCUGGAAUGGUUGUUAAGGCUAAAGUAAUUGCAGUUGACAGCUUUGGUGCCAUUGUGCAACUUGGAAGCGGUGUGAAAGCACUUUGUCCUCUUCGACACAUGUCUGAGUUUGAGAUAACAAAACCUAGAAAAAAGUUCCAGGUUGGAGCUGAACUAGUUUUCCGUGUUCUUGGUUGCAAGUCCAAGAGGAUCACUGUUACACACAAGAAAACUCUAGUGAAGUCAAAGCUUGAAAUUCUUAGUUCAUAUGCCGAUGCCAUUGAAGGACUAAUAACCCAUGGAUGGAUAACAAAUAUUGAGAACCAUGGAUGCUUUGUUCGCUUUUACAAUGGUGUACAAGGAUUUGCACCAAGAUCUGAACUUGGUUUGGAUCCGGGAUGUGACAUAAAUUCAAUGUAUCAUGUCGAGCAGGUUGUGAAAUGUAGAGUGACCAGCUCUAUACCUGCCUCAAGGAGAAUCAACCUUAGUUUCACUGCAAAAAAAACAAGGAUUGCUGAAGAUGAUAUGAUGAAUCUUGGAAGCCUUGUAUCUGGAGUUGUUGAGCAAGUAACUCCUCAUGCAGUUGUGGUUUGUGUUAACUCCAAAAGUCACAUUAAGGGUACCAUCUCUCCUGAACAUUUAUCUGACCACCUAGGGCUUGGUGCAUUGCUGAAAUCAGUUCUGAAACCUGGACACCAGUUUGACAAACUCUUGGUUCUUGAUAUUGAAGGCAGCAAUCUCAUACUCACUGCUAAGUAUUCGCUUGUGAAUUCUGCCCGAGACCUUCCUUUGGAUAUCAAGCAAGUUUGCCCUCAUUCAAUAGUCCAUGGAUAUGUGUGUAAUCUAAUCGAAGCUGGUUGCUUUGUUCGCUUUGUUGGGCGUUUGACUGGUUUUGCCCCAAAACAUAAGGCAGUAGAUGACAGGAGAUCUGAUGUUUCUGAAGUCUUUAGCAUUGGUCAAUCUGUUCGCUGUAACGUAGUUGAUGUUAAUAGUGAAACAAAUAGAAUAACACUUGCAUUGAAGCAGUCGUUGUGUUCCUCGACAGAUGCAUCCUUUAUUCGAGAGUACUUUCUUUUGGAAGACAAGAUAUCUAAACUGCAAUUGCUGGGCUCUGAGAGCAGUGAAUUAAAUUGGGUUGACGAAUUCCAAGUUGGAAGCAUAAUUGAGGGAAAAGUUAAUGAAAAAAAGGAGUUUGGUGUGGUUAUCAGCUUUGAGAAGUACAAAGACAUUUUUGGCUUCAUUUCCCAGUACCAGUUGGAUGGAAUUGCAGUGGAUUUUGGUACAACUGUUCAGGCUGCAGUUCUUGAUAUAUCAAAGAGUGAACGGCUGUUGGAUUUGUCAUUGAAACCACAGUUUGUUGAAAGGUCAAAACGUGAGGGCUCCAGUGUGCACUCUGUUAAGAAGAAACGUGGAAGGGAAACACAUAAAGGGCUGGAUCUGAAACAAACUGUUCAUGCGCAAGUUGAGAUUGUGAAAGAGGAUUACUUGGUUCUGUCAAUACCUACACAUAAUUUUGCUUUGGGUUAUGCCUCGCUUGCUGAUUACAAUACUCAAAUGCUUCCUCGGAAACAGUUUGUUAAUGGGCAGAGUGUCGUAGCCACUGUUGCUGAUCUUCCAAGUCCAUCAACAGGUGGAAGGUUGCUACUACUGCUUAAAUCUAUGAAUGAGGUUAUGGAUUCAUCCACUUCGAAGCGCGCAAAAAGGAAGGCCAACAUUGAUGUUGGUUCUGUUGUUCAGGCAGAGAUUACUGAAAUCAAGCCUCUUGAACUUCGAGUAAAAUUUGGUUCUGGUUUUCAUGGGAGGGUACACAUUACCGAGGCUACAGAUGAUAAUCUUGCUGAAGAUCCCUUCAACAGCCUCAGGGUUGGCCAGACAGUCAACACAAUGAUUGUUUCGAAGUGUAAUCGUAACAGAAGCUAUCAAUGGGAAUUGUCCCUAAAACACUCGUUGCUUGCAGGUGCUGGUGAAGUAGAAGAUGGGCUUCUUGUAGAAGAUUUUGAUUACCCUAUUGGUGGAAGAGUUUCUGGGUUUGUUUAUAAAGUGGACAAGGAAUGGGCCUGGGUGACUGUAUCUCGAGAUGUCAGGGCACAAUUGUAUAUUUUGGACAGUGCAUCUGAGCCUACUGAACUUGAAAAGUUCGAGAAGCACUUUUACAUAGGCAUGGCUCUUUCAGGAUAUGUCAUAAAAGCAGAUAAGGAGAAAAAAUUGUUACGGAUUGUCCUGCACCCAAUUCUCACUCAUAUAGACAGCGCUUGUAGCCUGAGUGACGGUUGUUCAACUAGUCCUUUAAAUGGGAAUAAAGCAUGCCAUAUUAGUGUAGGUGGUUUUGUGGGUGGCAGAAUAUCUAAAAUCCUUCCUGGUGUUGGCGGUGUACUUGUUCAAAUUGAUCAGCAUCUCUAUGGUAAGGUUCAUUUUACUGAAUUGACCAAGGCAUGGGUCUCAGAUCCACUUGCUGGAUAUCAUGAGGGUCAAUUUGUGAAAUGCAAAGUCCUUGAAAUUUCCCAUUCUUUCAAGGGCACUGUACAUGUUGAUCUGUCACUACGGCUCACUUCAGAUGAUAUGGAUCAUGGAAAGUUUUCUGAUCUCUACCCUAGCAUGAACUCCAUCAGUCCACGUGUGGAGAAUAUUGAAGAUCUUAAACCAGACAUUGUUGUAAAGGGAUAUGUUAAGAACGUUAGUUCAAGAGGAUGUUUUAUUAUGAUUUCUCGGACGGUUGACGCAAAAAUCCUCUUGUCAAACUUGUCGGACGGCUUUGUUGAGAAUCCAGAGAAAGAAUUUCCAGUUGGGAAACUCGUCAUUGGCAGGGUGAUAUCUGUCGAACCUUUGUCCAAGCGAGUUGAAGUUACUCUUAAGACAUCCAACAGUGUCAGUGUCUCAAAGUUGGACGUAAAUUCUUUGAAUAAGCUCACUGUUGGAGAUUUCAUUUCUGGAAGAGUUAAGCGCAUUGAGUCAUAUGGCUUGUUUGUUACCAUUGAUGACACAAAUCUGGUUGGCUUAUGCCAUGUCUCAGAGCUUUCUGAUGAGCACAUAGACAACAUUGAAACAAAAUACAAAGCUGGGGAGGUGGUCAGAGCUAAAGUUUUGAAGGUCGAUAAGGAAAGACACCGCAUUGCUCUUGGAAUGAAAAAUUCAUAUUUCACUGGUGAUACAAAUGAUCAAAAACUUUCAGAACAUGGGACUAAUUCUGCUAUUGAGGAAAAUCAUGUUUUUGAAGGCACUGGGGCAAUAAGUUUUCCAGGGAUUGAUGAUUUUGAUAUCAAGUCCGACAAUGAAAAGCUUUCGGUUCUUGGUAAACUGGAAUCGAGGGCUUCAAUACGACCUCUUGAUGUUCCAUUGGAUGAAAUUGAAAACUCAGAUGUGGAUAAUGUAGUUAAUCAAGAUCAUGAGAAUCCCAAUGCUGCAGAUAUUAUGGAUGAAAAAAGCAAGAAACGUGAAAAGAAGAAAGCAAAGGUGGAGAGGGAACAAGAAAUUCAAGCUGCUGAGGAGAGACUUCUAGAAAAAGGUAUUCCAAGAAAUGCUGAUGAAUUUGAGAAGCUUAUUAGGACCUCCCCAAAUAGCAGCUUUGUAUGGAUAAAGUACAUGGCAUUCAUGCUCUCUUUGGCAGAUGUUGAAAAGGCACGUUCCAUUGCUGAGAGGGCUUUGAGAACUAUAAACAUCCGAGAGGAGUCUGAGAAGCUGAACAUCUGGGUUGCAUACUUCAACUUAGAAAAUGAAUAUGGAAAUCCUCCUGAGGAAGCUGUUAAGAAACUAUUUUAUAGAGCAUUACAGUACUGCGAUCCCAAAAAGCUGUACCUGGCCCUUCUGGGAAUGUAUGAAAGGACCGAGCAACAUAAGUUGGCUGAUGACCUUCUCGGCAAAAUGAUCAAGAAAUUCAAGAGUUCAUGCAAAGUUUGGCUAAGACGGGUUCAAAGACUCUUGCAGCAAAACCAUGAUGGAAUACAGUCAAAUAUAAAUCGGGCUCUUUUAUGUCUACCUCGCCAUAAGCAUAUCAAAUUUAUUUCACAGACUGCGAUUCUUGAGUUCAAAUGUGGGGUACCUGACAGGGGGCGAUCAUUGUUUGAGGGAAUGCUGCGCGAGUAUCCUAAAAGGACGGACUUGUGGAGCAUUUAUCUUGACCAGGAGAUUCGACUAGGUGAUGUAGAUGUGAUCCGUUCGUUGUUUGAGAGGGCAAUAAGUUUGAGCCUUCCCCCUAAGAAAAUGAAGUUCUUAUUCACGAAGUAUCUGGAGUAUGAAAAAUCUCUUGGUGACGAAGAAAGAGCAAGUACUGUGAGAGAAAAAGCAAGAGAGUAUGUUGAGAGCAACGUCAAAUGAAAAUUAAUUUCAUACUCAGUUUGGUGGUAUUGGAUAUCGAUAUGGUGGGAAGCAUGCCUGAAGAUUGUGCUGGCUGUUUGUAAAGAGAUCAAUUUAAACCUUUGUAUUUGGAGAUAGCAUCCUACUGAAUCUGUAGGAAUAUUAUCUUUCUAGGGCUUGGGGAUGGGUCAAUUGGCAAAUAUUUGGCUUGCAAAUAGCUGGUUAUAUACUCCAAGGGCACGGAUCUGGUCAUCCAUGAAGAAUUGUGAGAGGAUGCGGCAUAAGGAUUAUGUUGCUUACAGGGGUGGUGAAAAUCUUUGCCGUACACUUUCAAAUGGGGACAGAUGAGACUUUUUCUAAAUGCCAUAUGGCAUAGAGUAUAAACGAUGAAGGUUGGAUACUUUGAGAUAUUUCAGCGUACCAUCAUCCUGGCGAAGGUGAUCCACUGUAAUAGUUGAACCUUAGUCUAUGCUGUAAGAGUAAAUUAUGUAUACCAAAAGCGGCUGAAAAAAAUUUUUGAGUGGUGAGAAUUAUUUAGCAAUUCUUUUCUGCGAGU